CCGAGUUGACUCAAGAGUUAAAAUAAGCAAUAUCCGAUGACGAAAGGAAUGGGCCGGCGCGGCGGCGAGGCGGCGACGCUUCUCUGCCUCCUGAUGUUGAGCGCCGUGUGGCGCGCGGCGGCACUCUCGCUGAUUGUGAGCGACGUCGAGUGCGUCUACGAAUACGUUUUCUACAAGGACGACACCGUGUCGGGGAAUUUCGUCGUCAUCGAUCACGACGCCGCCUGGAGCUCCGGUCGUGCGGGCAUCGACUUCACCGUGACAUCUCCAGAAGGCAAUACAGUGCAGUCCUUGAAGGGAUCAUUUGGUGAGAAAUUCGAGUUCAAGGUUCCGACAAAUGGAAUACACAAAUUCUGCUUCCACAAUCCAUGGUCGGCGCCAGAAGCAGUCUCCUUCGACAUUCAUGUUGGCCACAUUCCCAAACAACAGGAUCUAGCCAAGGAUGAGCAUUUGGAGGCUGUGAAUGCGAAGAUUGCUGAAGUGAGGGAGGCUCUGACGUCUGUUACACUAGAGCAGAGGUACCUCAAAGCACGCGGGCAUCGUCACCGCCGUACGAGUGAGAGCACACGAAAGCUAGUGAUGAGGUACACGGUGGGGGAAUACAUGUUGCUGGCUGCAUUGAGCGGUCUUCAGGCGCUCUACAUUAGAAGAUUGUUCAACAAAUCCGCCCGCGUUUGACCGGAAUAUCAAAUCAUGCACAACCUGCUUUCUCUACUAAUAUAAAUGCCUAUUUGCCGGAAUGUUUACCCGAAUUACUGAUUUUUGCAAUUACAAUACAAUACCAACUUUUCAUUUAUUUACAAUCACAAAAUCCCUAAUUUAUUUUUCACUAAAA